GCGGGCCCUUCGGGAGGGACUCGUUGCAGGGCUAACGGCCCGCGCCUCUGCCCCUACUGUGUUCUUGGGACGCGGCCCGGCGAUAGGAACGUGGCGGUAGGAAGCGAUGCCUCUUUUCGGGAGCACCUUCAGCCCUAAAAAGACCCCGCCGCGGAAGGCCGCCUCGCUGUCCAACCUGCACUUGCUGGACAGAUCCACCCGCGAGAUCGAGCUGGGCCUGGAGUACGGCACUCCCUCUAUGAACCUCACGGGGCAGAGCCUCAAGUUUGAGAACGGCCAGUGGGUGGCAGAAAUAGGAAGCUUCACGGGAGAUCGCAGGGAAAUGCAGCGCUUGCGCAAACGCAACCAGCAAUUGGAGGAGGAAAACAAUCUCCUUCGUCUGAAGGUGGAUAUUCUGCUGGACAUGCUCUCUGAGACCACGGCCGAGUCCCACCUGAUGGAGAAGGAGCUGGAGGAGCUGAAGAGUCACAUCCGGAGGAGGAAAUGACAGAAGCGGUGGCUGAGGGAGAAGGGAGAGGAGGUCAUGGGAGACUUUCCCUGUUCCUGCAGGCACAGACUGGCUCGGGUGUCCGGGCUGUAUUGGUACCACAUAUAGAUAGCUCCAUGGGACAAGAUACCUGCAGUAUUGCAUCGGUACAGUGUAAGGGUGCCUCCGCAUCCCAGCACGUCACAUUGUGCACUGUUCACCAACGCUCAUGUUUGUUCCCGGAGCACUUCACCACUUUUUAGCGCUCAUGGCUGUUAGCCGCAGGUACACAUGCUCCACAGCAACCUGGCAGCACCGCCCUCCCCGUGAGCAGAGAUCUGUGCCACGGCUGAUGCCUGGAUUCACAGCCUGGCUUUGUGCAAGGCCUUUGGCGAGCGGAGCGCUGACCUUGCUUGUUCUCGAGCGUUCGGCGUCGUUUACAUGAAAACUCACAUUAAAACGUUCGUUGGAACCCGAA